UUUCCUUUGACUCUUGAACCGAUGAUAUAGCGCUGUGCUGCCUCGAGUCAAGGAACAGUAGCCUGUUCAAUUUGGACUUAUACUGCUUGUUGUGUCCCAUCUCCCGUUUACCAUGGCAUACCAAUUCUUCGCGAAGGCGCAUCAAUCCAAAGUGCCCACCUCUCCACCUUUGUCUGCCCCUCAGGCUUCAGUGUCGACUCUCUCCCCUCCCCAAAACGGACAUAAUCGACCACUAAAUUAUCCACCAUCUUGUCUCCCUACCUCCUCGUCGAACCCGUUCCCAGUGAAUCUACCCACCAAAGUGCAGCCCCAUUCUUCCAAGGAGACGCCCUUUGAACCGGCCGCGUAUCCCCAUCGCAUCGCAUCAGGCCACCCAACUCCGCACCCGCAUGUCACGAUUGAAGUCGUGGGCACAGCUCACAUACCCUCUCUCACCCGGAUCACGGGGUUGCUGCUGCCCAUUCGCUACCCGAAUUCUUUCUACACAGCCACGAUCACCGACCCCGUGAUCGCGUCGCUGUCCCGCGUGGCCAUUUAUCAUGAUCAUCCGGUGGCCGCUGCGCCCACAUCCACCUCGCCUCCUUCGUCGGCCAAUUUUAAAGCACCAACGGCCGGCACUGACAAGGUCAUUGGGGGUAUUCGUUGUCGUCUAGAGCGACUGCCUUCUACCACCGCAGAGAUUUUGCAGGCGCGAUCCCACUCCGCGCAGCAAGGACCGACUAACCUGUACAUUCAGACUCUGCACCUUCUCUCGCCAUAUCGGGGCUCUGGAAUUGCAGCCUCACUGCUCAACUCCUUACUAUAUGUACCCCCGUCUUCUUCUGUGUCAUCAAAAUCAACCUCUGCUCUUCAUGUCUCAGACCUCGUGAAACAUUACAAUAUUCGCACUGUCACGGCACACGUGCACGAAGCCAAUGAAGACGGUCUGAAAUGGUACCUUGCGCGUGGCUUCCAAUUAGAGGACGGCGUUGUUGAGAACUACUACCGCCGCCUGAAACCCUCUGGAGCGAGGAUCGUCAAGCUCGUCCUGCAGUGGAACGAUGACGAGCACGUGCAUGUGAACAGCCAGAAGCAAGACCGUCCAGACUCCCCCAGUCUCCAGCGCAAGUCAUCGAAUGAAGAAGAAGAUGAUGGUUGGGAAAAGGUUGAGGCAGAAGACGACCAGGAAGACCACGGAGUGCAAUUCAUGGAGGAUUCCAGGCUUUUUGAUGCUGACGAUAGCUCGAAUAGGAAACGCAAGGCUGAUGACGAUCACGCGAAGCGUUAAUCCGCCACUACUUAACUAGAAUUGUCUUCACCUCUGACUCUACUUUCGCAUUGCAUCUCUUGGGCAUUUUGUUCUCGAUAUAUCAUGGAUACCCUGUUUGCUAGCUGCAUCUCUCUUUCUAUAGAACGCACAUCAUCUUCCUGGGCGGCGUUCGAUCCAAUUUCUGUCAUCAUUCCAUCCUUCGUGCGUAUAAACUGGCUCCAUGUUUAUAUAUAUGAUUUGCCUGGAUUACUCCACUAUAGAGGACUGUCUAUUAUAGACGCAAGGCCUGAGUGUCGUGCAGCCAACCGUUCCAAACUUCCCAACACUGGGAUAUUACACUUCCGAAAAGAUAGUACAGACAGGAAAAUGUAUCAGGC